CCCCUGAGGAUAAGAUGAGCUUGUAUGAAGGAUGGUAUCGUCCACUCGGAGAGUUGGAGAACCAUUCAGCCUACUUGUACGACAACCACAACUACGGCAUUAGCUAUGUUGUGCGCAUUGCGACGUCUCGACCAACUACAGAAGAAGAUGUUAGAAGAGUGUUCACGCUCCUCUUCCGGAAGACAAUCAACUUACGCAUGGUGCCAGCCGAGCGCGAUGGGCAGCUGUGGCUGAGAGAGAUGAAGCACCAUCAAAAUAUCGACUUACAGACGUUGCUGGAUGUGGACGUGAAAGCUGUGUUCGAAGAAAUGGCCAGAUACAAGUACAACAUGAAUAAUGGACCAGUGUGGGCCGUGCGUUUCCUUCCUCUUUCACCCAAACAUGAUGACUACAUCAGGCUAACGACCAUGGAAAGCGCGGAUAACAAACUCAUUACACUGCCUCACGUCAGCCACAUUGUGAUGAGCUUCCAUCACAGCAUAACCGACGGUUACACUUGCGUGCGAAUCAUCCGACACGUCUUGAUGCUUUUGAACGAUGUCAUCGAGGGGAACCCCAUUGAUGAGUCCCAGCAGUAUGCACAAAUGCUCGAUAUAACGAAGCAAAAUGUAAUUUUUGAAGAUAUAUAUCGAACAUUCAGUGAAAAUCCAGACCUUCUAAAAGCCCGUUCAAAGAGGUUAGACACUUUUUUUCCGGAUGCUCUUUUAAGCCAAGUCUAUGAACAUCCGUCCAAAACACUUCCUAAAAUUGUAAGUCUACCGCGCAUCUUAGACAGUAUUACCACCACCAAGUUUGUGGAACGUUGCAAGGAAGAAGGCGUCACGGUUCACUCAGGCUUCUGUUCAGUGUUGGAGGCGAGUGUAGUUAAAGCUCUGCAAGAUGCCUUUUUGAUGCAGGAUCGUUACCCGAUUGCUUCCAGACACUGCGUUGAUCAACGACGCUACUUCAAUGACGCUACAAAUGCAUAUGGUACAGCUUUGGGAGUCUUGACGCUCACGACCGAUGUUCCCAGAGACAUAUGUUCCAAUUUUUGGAGUCAUGUAAAAAAAUUCCACCAGGAUUUUGUGGAUGAGUUGAACCGCAUGAAUAGCAUGGAACUAAAUAUACUCAUGGAAUUAACAGGAAAGAAUCCCCGAUUCUUUAUUGACUCGAAGGGAAUUGAUUCUCCUCCUCCAAAAAUUGCGACUUAUUCUACCAGUAACAUGAGGGACGUUACAGAUAUCCUUUCUAACUUCGUCGAAAACGUCGAUCUUCUGUUUUAUGACCAGCUGACCGCGGUGCAAGCGUUACCCAUCUUGUGGAGUAGCAACUUCCAGUCGCUCAACGGUCAACUCAUGCACUCACUGCAGUACAACACGCAGCUAAUGGAGGAAGCCUUGGCCGUCAAAAUUGUGGAUUCCGCGUUCGAGAUUUUGAAAGAGGUUGUUGAACAGUCGUAAAUUGGUUGAACGAAUGAAGGGAUUGUGGUUUACUUAAUUUUAAUAAGAUAAUUCCACAAACUGAUAAACUUUUUCCAGUGCAUCUCCACCCGACGUCCCUGUUAGCUAAAUUAGUCGCGUUCAUAAUUUUCACGAGUUCAAUGCUUGUAUCUUAUUUUUAAUCCUAAUUGUAACUGAUUUUUUAUAAGCCGCACUUAAUUUACUCAUGUAAGCAAGAUUUAUCUCUCACCUAAAUAAAGGUCCUCGUGCAAAUUUUGUUAAGAAUUCGACACUCUGAGAAGACCAUGUAUCAGAUAUUGUCGCAGUAAUUCCUGUAUAAGUUGCGUCAUAAUCUGUCUCUCCAAAAAAGAAUAUAUUAUUAUGGUGUCCUUUUCUCAAUUCAUGGAUGUCAUUUUUUCACGCAUAGAAGUCUUACGAUUGGUUGUUCGUGGUGAUGAAAUGUUUUAUGUAACGAGAAACUUAUCGACUCUAAAUAUAUUCUUUGAGUUCGUUCA